UUCCCACCCCCGGCCACCCUCACCAGGACCAACCCUCACCACCCUCUCCGCGCCGGCUCAUCCCCGCGCCCCGGCCGCCUCCCCGUCAGUGUGCUACAGGUGGUUGUCUUGACGACUGUGCAAGGUGACCGGUCUCCACGCGUUUUCACCUGCCCGUCUGCUUUUCAACCCCUUGCCUCUUCCUAAGGCGCUACACCCUCCGCAUAGUCUGCCCUCAAGGGUCGCUCCAGUCUGAGGAAAUUUAAUUAAAGCGUAAAGAGGCCAAGAAGACUUAACUAGAACGUUCGAAGUGGAGCGAGUUUAUCUUUUCUUGUGCUUUUCAUUCCCAGUGUGCAAAUACUCGAGCUGCUGGUGAACAGAAAAAGGUGGUGAUUGAACUAUUCCAAUAUUCACACGUUUCCACUGGAGGACAACUCAUGGCGCCUAAAAGCUAAACAUGACUCAACAGGUGGCGAAGAGAAAAAGUGAAACGUGAGUCAUUCAAGCUCCUAAAACUAGUCUAUGUCGAGGAAGUUCACAGCAAAAUAUUCAUGACACAGAGCUGUCAAUAAACCCAAUUGGACGCAAGAGAGCUGGAGACUAGCAGAGGUGAACACUGCCAGUGUCGAAGAGAAAGAAGAGAAACUUGAAUCCUGCAAGGUCCUAAAACUAGUAUUUGACGAGAGGUUCACAACAAAAUAUCCAUGAAAGUGAAAAGUCAAUAAAACGAGUAGACGUAAAAGAGUUGGACACUAAAUAUUUUUUUCCAACGAGGUAUCGGUGUCUUCAGCGAGUGGCUGGAUGGCAUGACGGGGGAGCGAACUGAGGGCAACCACCUCUUGCGUCCCUCGAUCAACACGAAGAGGCGAGACUCCGCAGCGACACGACACAAGGCGAAGGAAGACUAAGGGAGGGACGGCAAACUAGUGGAGUCGCUCAGUCACCAACCAGGACCAAGAUGAAGGGAGGCUCCCAACUCCUGAGAGAGCUGAGUCCUGCCCACCUGGAGUGCUUUGAGCUCCGGAUGCGGGAGAGCCAGCGGGCGGGCGUGGCAGGCGACGAGGCGGGCGCGCGGUGCCCAGUGGUGUGGGACGGUGUCACCUGCUGGCCAGCCUCGGCGCCCAACACCACCGUCUUCCUGCCCUGCAUGGCUCACCUCAACGGGGUUCCCUACGACACCAGUAGGAAUGUGAGUCGCCUGUGUGGGUACGACGGCGAGUGGGCACCGAGGAGCAACUACACGGCUUGCCUUCCUAUGCUUUCCGGUCGUGUAGGCGGGGUCGGGGAGCAGCGCGCGGCGGCCGUCGACAACUUAGCUACCAUCCACCUGCUAGGCUUUGGUGUCUCCGCCGCGGCCCUCACCAUCGGCCUCUAUAUCUUCAUUAGGUUAAAGGACCUGCGCUGCCUUCGGAACACCAUCCACAUCAACCUCAUGUUCACCUACCUCAUGGUCUGCAUCACCUGGCUCCUGGCAACGUCGGCACAGAUGAUCGAAACGGAUGCUGGAGGGCCCGUGUUCUGCAUUCUGUUUCUGUUCCACCUGCUCUUCCACAUUGCUAACUUCUCAUGGAUGUUCGUGGAAGGUCUCUACCUCUACCUGCUGGUGCUGCGGACCUUCUACGUGGACAAGAUCAAGCUGCGCCUCUACCUGAUCAUCGGCUGGGGUGAGUCCGCUGCCUUCGCCCCCCUCCCCCCCAACACCAUUAUCGUAAUUAUCUGGUUCCUAUAA